GCAGGAGGAAGCUGUAGAUCCCAUUUCUGUUUCUCCCCACCUGUUGCUCUCCGUCAGACUUUGCGAGCCCCUGUGUGGAUUUCAGAGGCUCUGUCCUUGAGGAAACACACAGAGCGAGCUGAUGGGCCCCGGAGAGCUGCUGUGGAAACUCAUUUAUUCAAACGAUGAGAGCUCUUUAUCUUUAUCUGUCCAUUGCUCUGGUGUUGACCCUUUGCGUGUCAGUCAGCACUGCCAGGAAUCAGGAGGAGCGGCUCCUCAAUCACCUGUUCAAGGAGCGUGCCUACAACAAGGAGCAGCGGCCCGUCCAGUCCCAGGAUGAGGUGGUGGACGUGUACCUGGCUCUGACCCUCUCCAACCUCAUCUCUCUGAAAGAAGUCGAUGAAACGCUAACCACAAAUGUAUGGAUAGAGCACGGCUGGUAUGACCACAGGCUCUCCUGGAAUGCAAGUGAGUUUGAUGACAUCUCCAUUCUGAGGCUGCCUCCCAGACUGGUGUGGCUCCCAGAGAUCGUCUUGGAGAACAAUAACGAUGCCCAGUUCCAAGUUGCCUAUUACUGUAAUGUCCUGGUGGACCCCUCUGGCUACGUGUACUGGCUUCCUCCUGCUAUCUUCCGGAGCUCCUGUGCCAUCAACGUCAACUUCUUCCCUUUCGACUGGCAGAACUGCACCCUCAAGUUCAGCUCUCUGACCUACAAUGCCAAGGAGAUAAGAAUGCACUUGAAGGUAGAGACGGACCCAGACACUGCAGAGAACUUCCCUGUGGAGUGGAUUAUCAUUGAUCCUGCCGGCUUCACAGAGAAUGGCGAGUGGGAGAUUAUCCACAAACCAGCCAGGAAGAACAUUCACAAGGACGUCCCUCUGGACAGCAGCAAGCACCAGGACAUCACCUUCUACCUCAUCAUCAAGCGCAAGCCUCUGUUUUACAUCAUCAACAUCAUCAUACCCAGCAUUCUCAUCUCCUUCAUGGCAUCGCUGGUGUACUACCUCCCAGCUGACAGUGGUGAGAAGAUGACCCUGUCGAUCUCAGUGCUCCUCGCUCAGUCUGUGUUCCUGCUGCUUGUCUCACAGCGGCUGCCUGAGACCUCAAUGGCCAUCCCCCUCAUCGUCAAGUAUCUGAUGUUCAUCAUGGUGCUGGUCACAGUGGUGGUGCUGAACUGCGUCAUCGUGCUGAACCUUCACUUCCGCACGCCCAGCACGCACGUCAUGACAGACUGGACCAAAGAGUUCUUCCUGGAGCGCUUGCCCAGGCUGCUGCACAUGUCUCGCCCGGCAGACUCCGAGCCACAGUGGGAGGGAGCCCUGCAGCGGCGCAGCAGCUCCGUGGGAUACAUCGCCAAGGCAGAGGAGUACUUCACUGUCAAGUCCCGCAGCGAACUCAUGUUCGAGAAGCAGUCUGAGAGGCACGGUCUGACCAGUCGAGCCACUCCUACUGCAGCACACAGACCGAAUGCCAAGAGCGAGUUGGACAUGACUGACCAGCUGUUGGCGGAGAUGAAGCCUGCGGUGGACGGGGCGAACUAUAUCGUCAAGAACAUGAAGGACAAGAACGAUUACAAUGAGGAGAAGGACAACUGGAACCGCAUUGCAAGGACUGUGGACCGACUCUGUCUCGUCCUGGUGACGCCCGUCAUGAUCCUGGGGACCAUCGUCAUCUUCUUUAUGGGGGUGUACAACCACCCUCCACCCCUGCCCUUCGAAGGAGACCCCUACGACUACCUGGAGAGCAACAGACGGGUCCUCUAGGGGCGCCCCACUCAUCGUCACAUCGGUCUAAACAAACAGGAAGUGCUGUCACAGCAGGACUGAAGCGUAAUGUGAAGGUGUUGCAGGAAGCCUCCCACUGGGUUUGUUUUGGGUGUUUUUUUGUUUUUUUUUACUUGGGCAUGUGUUUUUCAUACUUUUUUUCUGUGUAAGAUAAUUGUAUUGAAAAAGAAAUUAAUAAACAGAAACAUUAAAACAAAUCUAA